AUGAGCACUUAUUUACUUUUUUCCCUGCUCCUCGUCAUUCCAUUUCUUGUUUGUGGAAGUGUGGAACGACCCAAAAAAGUAUUAGUAUUCCUUCCGAUUAGUGGACACUCUCAUCUGAAAUUUAUGGGAACAAUUGCCAAUAUUUUGCAAGAUGAAGGUUAUAAUGUGACCCUUCUCAUGCCAAUCCUUGACGAAGCUCUCCGAGACACCACACCCCUUGUCAGAAAAAUCAAGAACCGUAUCCUUGUCGAACAGAGCGAUGAACUCAUCGAGGCGAACGUUCAAUUCAAAAAUGGAGGAGGUCGUGAAAACACUUGGGUAAUGAAUUCUGGAAUUAUCGGGUUCUUGAAACUCGGAACAAAGGUUGCCAAUAUCUGCAAGGCUUCUUGUAAAAAUGUCUUCCAAAACGAGGAACUCAUUCAAUACCUCCGUGACCAACACUUUGAUGUUGCUGUCUCCGAACCAUUGUAUUCGUGUGGAUUUGCUCUUUUCGACCAUCUUGGAAUCGAGACAACCAUCUCAACUGACUCUCAUCUCGGUCUUGAAGUAUCCAAAGUUGCUCACGGAGCAUCCAUCACUACUAGCUACCUCCCAGCAGUAUUCUCCAGUGGAUCCGAGAAAAUGGGACUGCUUGGAAGAGUCAAGAACUUUGUUGAAUCCUAUUUCAACUAUCACUUCAACAGUAAGAUUUAUGUCAACGAGUUGGCCGGAGUAGAAGGAAUCUACAAAAAUGGAAAAGGAUGGCGGGAGCUGCUUAGAAAGAAUGCAUACAUGUUCGUCAACAGUAAUCCACAAAUGGAUAUUCCGAGUCCUCGUACAUCGAAGUUUGUCGACAUCGGAGGAAUCUCAUCUGGAGAAUUUAAACAGGAGAAGCUGCCUGCAGAAUACGACCGAAUUCUUUCACUGAGAAAGAACAAUGUGCUGAUUUCUUUCGGGACAAACGCAAAGUCAAUGUACAUGUCAGAUGAUAUGAAACAAUCUCUCUUCAAGACAUUUGAAAGUAUGCCUGAUACCACCUUCAUCUGGAAGUAUGAGAACACUACUGUUGAUAUCGUGAAGCAAUACAACAAGCGAAUCAAUAAUGUGAUGCUCACUGAUUGGAUGCCCCAGACAGCUCUCUUGGCAGACCCAAGACUCACACUCUUCGUUACUCAUGGAGGGCUAGGAUCUACGAAUGAAGUGGCUUUCAGUGGCAAACCAUCUGUUAUGGUUCCAGUCUUUGGAGAUCAAACUAGAAACGCCCGAAUGUUGGAAAGACAUGGAGUUGCCCUGCUUUUGACGAAAUACGAGAUUGCUGACACCAAGAAAGUUCGAGGAACGAUCAGAAAGAUGUUGAAGGAUAAAAGUUACUCGAUGAAAGCAGAGAAGCUCGCUCAAAUGCUCCGAAAUCAGCCAGAGUCUCCAAAGGAAAUUUUCAUCAAGUAUUUCAAUUUCGUUGCCAGAUUCGGAAAGCCACAUGGACUCGAUUCGUAUGCAGCUGAAAUGAGCUUUGUGGAAUUUUAUUAUAUUGAUUUUCUCGCAUUGUUGACGGUGCUCUCUGUGGCAUUGUACAUCCUCACUUCCAAGAUUUUGAAGGUUUCUCAAAACUUGAAAAAUUUGAUUAGUAUCAAGUUUAAAUUUGAUUAA